AUCUCAGCGAACGUGUAUCUGAUAGCUCUAACGACAGCGGACAGCGUAUUCCUACUAGGUUUAUUGCUAAUAUUAUUCAAACUUGACUUUACCGCAUAUCAUUUUUGCGUUAUCAUCGAAUACAUCCUGUCCACAUCCUCUUACAUCAGCAGCUGGUCUAUUGCUGCGCUCACUAUCGAACGCUUCCUGGCUAUUGCCUAUCCGUUAAAACAUGUCAUGUACGGUCAUGUGGAUCGGUGGAAGGUGAUGCUGUUUUGGCUGCCGGUGCCUUUCGCCUUCAAUUUGAUUCAGUUCAUAUCCCUAAUUCCAUACAAUGAUCGAAAUGAUCCGCAUUAUCCAAAUAUACGCAAGUGUGUGCCAUAUGAUGGCAGCGUUCAGGUAAGCUUGUACUGCAGGACGCAGUUCAAAGAUUAA